GUCAUCGCACGGCGCCGUCGCGGAAGGGGCCGCGUGGAGGAUGGAGGGGGAGUGCGGAGCGGCCCCGGGCCCCGAGGAGUCCGGCGGGGCCACCCCGGCCCCGGCUUCAGCCCCGGCCCCGGCUCGGCAGCGUCGGAAAGCCGCCAAGAAGCGCAAGGAGGCGGCGGUAGCAGCGAUCCCGCGGGGCAGGCCCAAGUCGGGGCGGGUGUGGAAGGACCCCGGCAAGAAGAGGUUCUCACACAUGAUCCAGGACAAGGCCCUUCGCACCUCCUGGGCACGGAAGAUGAAGGAGCGGCAGGAGAGGAAGCUCGUCCGGGACCUGGCACAGCAGCUGCAGGAAGGGAAGCGGAAAGAGCGAGAGGAGAAGAAGCGACGGCGGGAGGAGAAUCUGAAGCGGCGUCUGGAGAAUGAGCGGAAGGCAGAGAUCGUCCAAGUGAUCCGGAACCCGCUGAAACUCAAACGGGCAAAGAAGAAGCAGCUGCGGCGGGUGGAGAAGCGGGACACGCUGGCCCUGCUCCAGAAGACACCCGUGCGGCACAAAGCAGCCACGGAAUGAGAUGGGAAACGAGAUACCGUGACGCCCAGCCCGGGCAGCUGGGGUUUCUGUGGGUCCUGCUCCUCUCCAGGGGUGUUUCCUCGGCUCGGCGGGCAGGAGCGGCUGCCCGGGCACCUUGGUGUUGGACAGAGAGCGGGACAGAGCUGGGGCGGGUUACGCGGCGCUGUGACCCGCAGCAACCAGCUGCUGGAUUCCCCCCCCCCCACCGCCCCGUGAAGUCGGGGUGUUGCUGAUGGCCGGGGGCUGGAAGGAGAACUGCUUCACUUGCCCAAAUCUGCUUUUUCUUUAUAAAAAUGAAUAGGAACAGA